UCCGAAUAGAUGUUUAGACGAAUUAAUAAAUAUACGCAAUUCUACAGUGCUAUUUUCGUAUCGUAUGUAUCUGAGUUGUGAAGAAGACUAUAUUAAUAUGCUGUUUUUCGCAACUGAUCGACUCUCUGGUGAAGGUGGCUCGCUCUAGCCGAUCUAGGAAUGAUCCAGAGAUCAUGGAAAUAGUACACAUUCUAUUUUUGUACAGUGUAUUAUUCCGACGGAUUCUCGGGUGCGGACAUGACUUUCUUGCCGUUACUUUUCUGUGUAAUAAUCGCGGGAGCAGUUGGGCUUCCUAGGCGUAGAUCGACUGAGUAUACUGUGUGUGAGAGCGAAGUAUGUCGCAAAGUGGGAGAAUCAAUACGUCGUGAUAUGAACGAUUCUUACGAGCCUUGUACUAAUUUCUACGAAUACGGAUGCGGCUUGCGAUUAGAAAAUAAUCGUACACAGUCCAAUGAUGUGGAAUGGUCCGAGAAGCAUAUAUUAGAUUUGAAGUCGAGGAUUUCGCAUCGUUUAAAAGAGAUUCUAGAAGAACAGAGUGAAUAUGAUGACCUGCCGCCUAUAAAAAUGAUGAAACAAUACUACCGUUCGUGCAUCGACGAAGACGCUAUAGAAAAGCAUGGGCUUGAACCUAUACAAAAAUUACUAGACGCGAAAGGUGGGUGGCCAAUUCAAUUGGGAAAUCACGAGGCGAGCAAUUACACUUGGCAAGAAGUCGACGAUUAUUAUUUGCAAAUGUUUCUCGCCAGCAGUUUUAUCGCCAUAAGAUACACACCUCAGAAGGAAAACGCGACUAAUCUUAUACUUACGGUGAAGGUUGGAACAACAUAUUUUCUCAUGAAAACAAUUGGCAAGAAAAGAUUUGUGUACUGGGAAACCGACAGACUGGUUAACGUAUUGAGGGCUUUUAAGAGACAUAUUGGAACAGAUGUUCCAAUUGAGAAUUACAUUGCAGAUAUAAGCGAUAUAAUUAAAUUCUCGAGGAACUUCAGAAACAUUAGUCAAUAUGAAAUGAAUGCCAAGAAAGUAAACGAACAGGACUAUGAUAUAAUGACGAUUGCAGAAUUACAAGGAUAUUAUGAUCUCGCGGGAACACAACAGCCUACAGCACAGGUAAAUUUGCUGCAAAAGAUACAACUGUUAUUUAAAUCUUCGAAUAUAACCGUUGACGUGUCGACACCUGUGCUAGUGCAAAAUAAACAUCUUCUUCACCAACUGGCGCAUUUAUUGGGUGCUACCCCGCCACAUGUAAUCGUCAAUUAUAUUCACUGGAAUGUAGUGAAUCAAUUUCUGCCGUAUCUGACGAAGGAAAUGAGAGACAUUAAUUUUGAAACGACUUACAUGGAAUAUAUUACCAAGCAAAAGCCACGGUGGGAAAUAUGCGUUGAAGACACAGGGUUGGAAGAAGCUCUCUCUUUUCUGUUUAUCAAGAAAUACAAUAUGGAAAAUAUGAUAACAGGUGUGACAGAAAUGUUGGACAAUAUUAAAACAGAAAUGAAGCGGCAUAUAUUGAACUCCACGUGGACGAGCGCCAGUGCGAAGCACUUUAUGAUAGACAAAAUAGACAACGUCAUAUCACUGAUCGGUUAUUCUAAUUGGUACAAUAAUCAAACAGCACUCAUUGAAUAUUACGAAGGGUUGGAAGUUGGGGAAAGUUACUUCAAAAACAAAGUCGCCACAACAGUGUUUAAAACGAAAAGAAUAUUGAAGGAUUAUCUGAAACCAAUGAAUAGAACCAAGUGGAUCUUUGCUCCCAUAACUUUCAAUGCAGCUUAUGCUCACCAGAUGAACUCAAUGAUUAUACCAGCUGCUGUAGUUCAGGAUCCGUAUUUUGCUCCCGACAUACCGCUUGCGAUUAACUACGGUGCGAUAGGUAUGAUUAUUGGACACGAACUCGCGCACAGUGUCGAUAGUACCGGAAUGAAAUACAACAAAUUUGGCAAUGAGAUUACGAUGGAUGUGGAAACUGCCCAGGCUUACAAGGAACGAAUGAAAUGUUUCAUAGAUCAGUAUAAUAAUUACACGCUGACUGCGGCGAACGAAUAUAGAGCAGCCAUACAAUUGGACGGGGUAUUCACAAGGAACGAAAAUAUUGCUGACAACAUUGGCCUGGAAAUUGCAUUCGCAGCAUUCCAGAGACACAAAUUAACGGCUGGCUCACAGCCGAGAUUAACAGGCUUAACAGAUAUCAACGACGAGCAACUGUUUUUUUUAUCUUUCGCAAACUCUUGGUGCACGGCGAAAAAGGAACGAAAGUACAAGUCACUCAAUUUUAAUGUGAAUGUCCACAGUCCUAAGGAGUUUCGAGUACUCGGUACUCUGAGUAAUAUGGAAUCCUUCUCUGAUGCAUUCAACUGUCCAGCUGACAGUCCGAUGAAUCGCGACACGAAGUGCACUAUAUGGAAUUAGUCCGGAAUGUUAAAGAAAUUAUCAAAUUAACUGGCCGAGGACGAAUGAAACUGCACCCGAUGUUUUCAUUAAAAUAAUUCACGCCGUGCAAUUGGUGGGGCAUGUUUCUGACACGACCAUCUUGUCGGAAUAAAUAAGAAAAUAUCAGAUACGUUAUAUUGUAAGGAUCAUUUUUUUUAUUAAUGUCACAAAAGGGCAAAAUAA